CGAGGCUGUAGCAGCAGCAACAGCUCUUAGAUACUUGUCCUGCGCAAUAUCAGACUUAUCGAUUUUUCCCAGUGGUUCAUGCUGGAAUCAUGACAGCUUUCACCGGCAUUCAAGAAGCCCGGUAAAGCUCAAGAAAGCAAUCCCUAAACAUGGUUUACAUCACUUUCAUCCCCGUCCUUUCAAUUCUCUUGCUGUUGAGUGCCAUCAAUGUUGUUUUUUCAAGACGCGGUCCUCAUCAUCCAAGGAGUGAAGUUUCAAAAACAAAACAUAAAGUAGAUGAACAUAUUUCCCCUCAGGGACAUGAUAUUGAACAUGACUUAGAUAAACUGGGUGUCGACGUUGAUUUGGAUAAAAUGACCGAAGAGGACAAGCAAUUUUAUUAUUUCAUGGUCCACGAUAGUGACAAUAAUAAUGCCCUUGAUGGGCUGGAAAUGCUCCAUGCUGCUCUUCAUCAAAACGAACAUUUCACAAAGGCAGAUCGUGAUAUCUUUGUACAAAAUGCUACCGCCGAACUGAAUCAUAUUAUCGAUGUUAUUGAUAAAUUUAUCUACAUUGCUGACGUCAACAACGACGGCUAUCUUUAUUAUCCAGAAUAUAUUAAAGCUAUCAAUGACAACCGAAUGCAAGAGGAACUGGAAGAAAACAAUAGCAACGAGUGAACUUUAUAGUUAGUGCGUUUCCCCUCAGAUUAAAUAAAAAAAGCUUGACUAUAAUUGUUUCUUCUACAAUACGUACUCGUACAUUUAUAUUGUGAUAUAUUAAAAUUCACAUGACCGCAUUACAAUUCCUAUAAUUUGACUAUAAUAUACAAAUUUUCAAAACACCUAGUUCUACGAUAU